AAAGGACAAUAAAAAAAAUUAAAAAAGAAAAGAAAAGAAAUGGUACUAAGUUAGAUGUAGAUAUAUCUCUUAGGCUGUGCAACAAUAAUAAUCCUCUCCAGACAGUAAUGGACGGGAGUAGAAAGAGGAGCUGACUCUGUAGGACACUCACCAGGCUCCCCUGUCUGGGACUCAGUUUCCCCACCUCCACGGCUGGGAUGUGGUGCAAGAUCGCCAGGAAGCCCCUCCCGCGGGGUUCUCGGGAGAGGCAGUGCCCCCCGCGGCCCCCCGGGGGCGCCCCGGAGCAGGCGGCACCCGCAGCCCUCCUCACUCGGUCGCUCUGCGCUCACUCUCCAGGAGGUUUCCCGGGGCUGGCCGCGUCCCGCCCGCUCCUCGCGCACCAAAAGUUCCCCGGUGCGCCCGCCUCCCCGCUCCGGCCGGCUGCGCCAGACGCCGCUCCGACCGACGGCAACAUGGGCGUCCCCACUGAGGCCGGAGGCCGGCGCUGGGGGCCCGUGCUCCUCGCUGUCUUCCUGGCUGCCUCACGAGCAGGUCUGGUGGCAGCCUUCAAGGUCGCCACACCGUAUUCUUUGUACGUGUGCCCUGAGGGGCAGGAUGUCACCCUCACUUGCAGGCUCUUGGGCCCUGUGCCCAGGAGCCCUGUGCACGACGUGACCUUCUACAAGACGUGGUACCGCAGCUCACGGGGUGAGGUGCAGGCCUGCUCAGAGCGCCGGCCCAUCCGCAACCUCACCUUCCAGGACCUGCACCUGCACCACGGGACCCACCAGACCGCCAACACCAGCCAGGACCUGGCCCAGCGCCACGGGCUGGAGUCAUCCUCGGACCACCACGGCAAUUUCUCCAUCACCAUACGCAACCUGACGCUACUGGACAGCGGCCUCUACUGCUGCCUGGUGGUGGAGGUCCGGCACCACCACUCGGAGCAGAGGGUCCACGGGGCCAUGGAUCUGCAGGUGCAGACAGGCAAAGAAGCAUCAUCCAAAUGCAUCGCGUACCCACCUUCCCCCCAGGAGAGUGAAAACAUCACAGCCGCAGCCCUGGCCACGGGCGCCUGCAUCGUGGGCAUCCUCUGCCUCCCCCUCAUCCUGCUCCUGGUCUAUAAGCAAAGGCAGGCGGCCUCCAACCGCCGUGCCCAGGAGCUAGUGCGGAUGGACAACAGCAACAUUCAAGGAAUUGAAAACCCGGGUUUUGAGACCUCUCCACCUGCCCAGGGGAUACUGGAGGCCAAGCCCAGAGUCCCCCUGUCCUACAUGGCACAGCGGCAGCCCUCUGAGUCGGGGCGACGCCUGCUCUCUGAGCCCAACACACCUCUGUCUCCUCCGGGGCCCGGGGACGUCUUCUUCCCUUCCCUGGAUCCUGUCCCUGACUCCCCAAACUCUGAAGCCAUCUAGACCAGCUGGGGGUCAGUGGGCAGUUGUGGCUGAGCCUGGGGCAGGUGGAUUCAGGCCAGGGCUGGCCCUCUGAAAGGCUGGCCUUGUUGACCUCAGCCCUGGUUUUCUCUCAUACUGCUCUGAGCCCAGACCCUCAACUCCUCUGGAUGCUACCUAAAAGAAGAGAGAAAAUGCUGGAUCACUCAGCCCCUGUCCCAAGGAUAUUGGGAUGCUGGGAUCCCACUCCAGAGACCUGAAACUCACCAGCAACAGAUUCCAAAUGACCUACAAUCCUAAGAGGCCCCACAAUUUCCAGCCCUGCACUCAGCCUCUCUCCCCAGGACAUGAGCCAUGGAAACUGGCAGCAUCGAUGGGACAAGAUGGGCACCAAGAAGACUCCCACUGCCACCCCUCCUAGGCAUAAGACACAGGACAAGAUGUGGAGAGACCCCCUCCCCACUGUGGUCCACCUGGCUUCCUGAUUUUGCCUGAGGCUGCUUAUCUGGGAGACUCAGUCUUGGCACCAUGGGGGCCUGGGGCUGGGCCGGCCAGCUCCGUCAUUGGAGCCUUCCCGACGCUUCCUACCAACAACCUGUCUUGAGGAGCUCUCAGUAGGUUAAGCAAAUCCGGGUCUCCCACUGCCUGUAUUCUGGUCCCCAAUGUUCAGUGGCCAGAGGUCCUGAAAUGGGAAGUACACACUGCGGCACUGGCAUCUUGGGCAAUGCGAGGCCAGCGUUGCGCCAUCCACCACAGGUGGGGGGGGGAGUGGGCGGUGCCUGCCGGGAAAGUGAGAGGAGGAGUUCCUUCUUUCCCCACCCCCACCCCCUACCCCCAUGAGUCAGCAUCGUCAAUAGAAAGGUGACCACAUGAUGCAUUGUCCAAACUGGUACACUUUUGAGUGUGAAAAGGAGGUGCUAUCCAAAGUACAUCUGGGCGACAGGUGCCAACAGGGACAUAUGGUGACCCUAUAAAUGGACUGUAGGAAUGAUGGGUUUAAAUCCCCACUGUGCUACUGAAGUGCCUUUAGCCUUGGGAAACCUCCUUGGCCCCUCUCCCAGCCUGGGUCUUCCGUUUCAUACCAUCUGUGCCGAGUCUUCCCCUCAGAGAGGCCCAGUGGGCUGGGAGGCGCCUGCACCAUGUACAUACAUGGGUUCGCUCUGCUCUGGGCUCCCACCUCUGCUGCAGGGCAUGGCCCAGAUCUGUUUUCAUACACACAUACAAGGGAAGCCCUUUGUGGAAUUGCGAUUACAGGAUUUUAAACCACAGGAGAGAAGUACGGUGUCUUUAUCCUCUGGGGUAGAAACAGGGAAGGCAGUGCCCAAGAUGGGUCAGGGGCAAGUCUGAGUUGGGCAAAUCUCCCUCCAGUGGGACAGGAGACCCCAGGACUUCUGAGGGGACAGUUUCUCUUGGGCCUUUGUCUCCCAGCAGCCUCUGCUGCACUGGGCCUGGGAGCGGAGAGCCAGGACUUCCGGCCCAGUGGGCAGGGAGAAGUCCGCCCAAUCACCUCCAGGAAAAAUGGGAGCUCUAGGAUGGGGUGGUUUUACUCUGUCCUAUAGGGUCGCCGUGAGUCAGAAUCGACUGGACAGCAAGGGUUUGGUUUGGGUUUUUAGGCUCUGGGCCAGUAGAGAGCCACUUGGCCCUGGGAGGCUCCCCAGGGAGCCCCACCCUGACACACAGCCCUGCUUUCCAGCCCACUUGUCAGGCCUGAGGGCAUAGGCCGGUCUGGAUGUCCUGGCUAUGCCUGGGGCUGUGCUUGGGGCUACAGGUCCUUGGGGAGAAGGUGAGCCCAGGCCCUGUGAUGGGAUGGACAAGUCGCCAGAAUACUAAAACCCUGGCUCCUGCCUUGUCCCUAGGGGUCCCCUGUUCUACCCCAUCUGCCACCAUGGAUGCUUAGUGCCGGUCGCCACAGAAAGAGGGUGCUGUUCUUACCGCUCCUGGGGGCCCACGGGGCAGGGGUGGGUAGCAUGACACCUGCUCCCUGGAGGGACAGGCUGCUCUGGGGUCAAAGGACAAGCCAACAGAAGAGACUCCCUGUCUCCAAGCGCAGAGAAAGUUCUUCCUGCCCCUCCGGGAGGCUGGCCAGACCCCGGCCUUCAGCUUCUGCCCUCAAGGCAGAGACGACUUCUAAGAAUUUGGCUGCCAGACCCCAGGCCUGGCUGCUGCUGUGCAGUGAGAGGGAGGGAGGAGCCCCGAGAAGAACAGCUACCACACUUCCUCUGGAGCUUCCUCCUGGCCUUGCACGCUGCUCUUCUCUGGACUCUUACUAGCGAAGCCAGCUCAACUUCGCGGUUUCCUGUUUUCAGCAAAAUUUACUGAGCUCUGGGCUCCCUCUUCAUCCAUUCCCAUGGGCCCCGCCCUCAGCGGCUGUCCCAGGGCCCUUCCUGCUGAUGCCAGGACAGGCUGGGGUGCUGCAGCAGUCUGGAUGUGGGGGCACCAGCCCUGGUGGCUGUCCCUAUGGCCCAGCUCAGCACCUGUGGUUGGGUGUAUGGAGCAGAGUAGGGAGCAGAGCCAGGGCACUUCCCAGGAGGCUAGGGGGAGCCUUGGGGCCUCGAGGAGGUUUGCAGGGUGGGACUACUGGAUUCAUGGCACUGCCUGAGUCCCUGGGAGGGAAAUUUGUGCUUUUAGGAACUAGUUUAUUGUUAGGCGAUAAAUCAGGAAUUGUUGCUGCUGUUAGUUGCCGAGUAGAAUCCGGCUCAUUGCAACCCCAUGUGUUACAGAGUAGAACUGCUCCAUAGGGUUUUCUUGGCUGUAAUCUUAAUGGAAGCAGAUUGCCAGGCCUUUCUUCUGCAGUGCUUCUGGAUGGGUUCGAACCACCAACCUUUAGGUUAGUCAUCAAGCACAAACCAGUUACACCAUCCAGUCAGGAAUUACCCAUCUCCUGACAUUCACAUUUAAUAACUAUCUCCAGCUUUUAUUCCCCCCAGGGAGAGGAGAAGGAAAUGGGAUUUGAGGCACCGUUAUGAAAGAUUUGAGGAUACGGCGGGGGCUGCUUGACACUCCCUGAAAAUGCACCAUGGAGGUCACCGAUAGUCCCACUGAGUGGGCAAGGGGCACUGGGUGGAACCUCAGCCCUGGGGCUGCCCUCGUGCCUGGUAGCAGCUCAGGGCUUCGGGCAGAGAGGCUGGCGGCAUCACCUUCUGCAGGGAGUGCUCCGUGGUGGGGGGACUUGGGAAGAUGGGGGAGGUGAAACGGGCUUGCAGAGUUUCUGCUCCCACCCUCUCACCUGGGCACUGUAGCCAUAUUGGGCUUGACACUGCCCUGUGCAAGAGGCCUUCCUGGGCAUCAGCUGGAGCACUCCAGGCCUGGCCUGAUUGUGCUGGGGGCUGGGGUCAGAUUUGCUCAGGGAACCCAAAGGGAAUUGCAGUGGGUAGAGAGAGGAACUGGGAUUGCCAGCCAGGUUGCUGGCCGCAAAGGCCUCUUGAAAAAUAGACAGUCACGACCCAGUUGAGUGUCUGUCGGAGAGCAGCGACUGUCAGGCCCAAUCGCUGUGCCUUCACUACUCUGCACUGUUGCUUCUCCCUCCUGCAUAGACACUUUGUCUCCCCAACUCCUCUGUGAACCCCAGGAGGGCUGGGUCCAGUAACUCCUAUCCACGGAGCUGGUUGCAGAACUGGUCACUGAUACACAGCAACUGGGUAAUGGGCUGAACCAGGAUGCCAGGGUUCUGUUGUAUCGAUCACUCACAAUUGGCAAGGCCACGUCUGGCUUUCCACCAGCUCUAGUUCUAGCAGCUUGGCCUGGCCCUGGGGGAUCUCCUCAUCAGCACUAAUGCCCUGAGCCUGUGCAGGCCAGAGGGCAGAGGGUUGAGUUUGUUUAGCAACUCUGAUCUAUUGGUAGGGGUUCUUGGAAUAUGUGUUGAGAGGGAUUUUGAGGUAUCAAUAUGGCUUAGUGAGAAAGUGCUGAGAUCAGCUAGCAAUGUCUGCCUUGGGCACAGGAGAGGGAAGUGUUAGUAUGUGUGUCGUAUCUUUGCCUUUCCUGUUACAAUACUCUAUGCUUUUCAAAACACUUUCACUUGUGUUAUUUCUUGUUUGUUCAUCCCUCCACCUCUAUUUCCCAACAAACCCCAGGAAGCUUUAUUGCUCCAUUUAAUGCAAGAAGGGAGCCCUGGUGGUGCAGUGGUUAAGCUCUACAGCUGCUAACCAAAAGGUCAGCAGUUCGAAUCCACCAGCUGCUCCUUGGAAACCCUAUGGGGCAGUUAUGCUCUGUCCUAUAGGGUUGCUAUGAGUUGGAAUCAACUGAAUGGCAGUGGGUUUGGUUUUUGGUUUUGGUUUAAUGCAAGAGGAAACUGAGGUCCCAAAAGGGUUGUGUCUUAUCACAUGUUAAAUGAGUGGUGAGGCUGAGGCUAAUGGGCUAAAAUCCAGGUCUCCUGCUUCCCAGGCCAUUGCUCCUUCCUCUUCAUUGAAUUGAAUGUCCUUGUAGGCCAGGGCCUGGCUUGGCCUUCACUGUGGACUUGCCUAUAGGACAUACCAGGGCCCUGGGAGAUGAACCUGUCAUGCUCAUGGCUCCACCCCACUUGAACCAGAAUGUUCCUGUCUGUGCUCUGCCUGACCUGGCUGGGGCCUUCAGGGGGUCCAAAAGACCCUGCUGCUGAUGUGGUGGGCUCCUUACACAUCAGCUCCUGCCACCCCCCCUUUCUAUCUAACAACCCUGAAGCCACAGGACUCCUGGUGGGUGUGGUGGCUCACGCACCCCACUUGCUUGCAGCAGGAGAAGCUUGUGGGAACCGGCAGAAGAUGGGGAAGGGAGAAGCUCUCUGCUGAUGGCUGGGCACAGCCCCAGGGUCUCUCAGAGGAAUUGAGCCAGUUGCAUUCAUAGUAUCUGAGCAGCUGCAGAACAUUCAUCAUGAAGCAGGCCUAAGGACAGGGUCUGGAUUUAUUCAUCCUGGUCCAGAGAAGGCUGGCCUAACUGGUAUGUAGCACAGGGAAGGGGUCAAGCUAGGGUUUCCUGAGCUGAAGCCAGGGGAGCAGGCUUCACAAGCAGCAGCAAUGUUCAAGUUUAAUAAACAGAAGAGCCCUUGGCCCUAAAGAUGUGAAGUGAGCUGCCAAGAGCAGUGUCCCCAGCUCACAGACUAUCAUGGGGCUGCUGCUGAGGACUCUUAUACCAGAAGAGGGUGGUGGGAGAUUUUCUGUCCUCCUGACUGGACAGGGGACUUCUGCAGGUACCCCCUGUCUGAGAAGUCAGGAUUUAUUAUCUAGGAUAAUUGUAUAACCUGCUCACGUGAUUCACGUGGCAGGGAGGCUGCUGUUGGGCCUCCUCCCUCCCCACACCCACCAAGGUGCCUUUGAGGCUGGGGCUCAGCCCCCGACCUCCCAGUUAGUUGCCUUCCGUCCUUCCUUUCUGGGUCCAGCCCUUCCUCUUGCAGGGGCCUUCCUGGCAGUCACUUAGACUACCCCCCAUGCCUGGCCUCCAUGCCCAUGGCCUGGAGCUAGCCAGAGGGCCGAGGCUGUAAAUGACUUCCUGGGCAGUACACCAUUGUGUGACAGGCUGGGGGCUGGCCCGGAUGCCGCUUGUAGCACAGCUGUUCCGAGCUGAGACCUGGGUGGAGCUGGCCCAGGCUGUUUACAGGAAUGCCCAGCUCUCAGGGAAACGGAGGGAGGUGGGGAUAGGGAAGAAGGUAGAGAUGGGGGAGGGCUCAGAAGUAGGAUUCUCUAGGCUUUUGGGAGGCUAUUGGUAGCCGAAUCCCAGGGCCCCUGCUUAGGAAGUUGCAUCCUUUAAGAUAUGGACAUGAAUGAUGCCUCCUUCCCUGAAGACCUUCCCUGACUCCUUGGUCUGUUGGCUGGAGGAGCAGAGCUAUGUGGCCCAGCUGCCCUUGCACCCUAGCUGAUAGCCAGCCAGCCCGCAGAAGCACAGCCACCCAGCUGACAUGCAGCUCUAGUUCUAGCAACUUUGCCUGGCCCUGGCAGGAUCUUCUCAAAAGCAAUAAUGCCCUGAGCUUGAGCAGGCCAGAGGGCAGAGGGAGCCCAGCUGAGGCCAGAAGAACUACCCAGCUAAGCCAGCCUCUAAGUUUUGUUUGGUUUGUAAUGCAGCAUUACUGUGGCAAUAGAUAGUUGAUACAAUCCUCUUCCUCUUCCCCCUGGUUUACCAAGUACUUCCAUAAACAUGAUCUAAUUUGAUCCCUCAAACAAUGUCUAUGAAGUAAAUACUAUUAUCUAUUUUACAGAUGACAAAACCGAUAUUCCAAGAGGUUUUGGCUUGCUCAUGAUCAUGCAGCCAGGUCACAGUGGGCUCAGUGCUUCUGACUCCAAAUUCCUGCUCUCAAUUUGCAAACUAUUCUCACCCUCCAUUCAGUUCCUACUCCAUCACUCAUCACCUCCAGACAGUCUCACUAUCCAGCCCCUCAGGCCCCCACCUCCUUCUCCAACCUUGCAAACUUGGAACAUUAUCUUGAGUAAUGGCUGGAGCUAUAGCAGCUAUUUUACAACCAUGAGACAUUAGCUCUGACGUCAUUGGGCAUGAAACCAACAUUCAUAAUUCUCUCCAGAAUUUUUACGUAAGAAAGAUAGAUACAUUCUGAUUUAUUUAUGACUCCGUAGUGAAAUUUCUGUUACCUGCAGCCAAAUGCAUCUUUAAAUGUUAUUGGAAGGAUGACCAGGAGGCAUGAUUCAUCCUGAAGCAAGCAUGAGGCUGGACCACGGGACCCAUCAAGCUCCUUCCAACCCUGAUGUGUUGUGACAGCAUGUCACACCAACAGGACUCAAAGGAAGAGGGCCAGAGGGCACCUUUGCUAUUUUGGCACAAGGGUGCCGUAUUGGACUGUGUGGCCCCAAGGGCACACAGCUUGGCAAGUGGAGUGUGGGCUGGACUUCAGCUCCUACUUGCUUCCUUGGGUAGACCCUGAUGUACAGGGCUCAACCUGUGCCAUCACAUGGAGCUGCUCUGUGAGAGCAAAGAGCACUAAAUAGAAGCUCCAAGUGGCUGUGGACUUGGAAGAAAUAGACUCCAGCUUUGCACACAACAGGCAAUCCAUAAAUACUGUGGGCUGAUGGAUUAAAUACAUAAUGAAGGAGUUUUCAAGGAUGCUCCCCACUGCAUGGAGUUCCAUGUCCACCCAUCUUGACUCUCCUUGCACGGAGGCAGAGGUGCCCCUCGUCCACCCCCUCCCUCCCUGUGGCUACCCCCCAUGGCUCACCGACAGGGUAGGGGUACCCUCGUCCUCCACUGUGACCACGAGGUGGUAGAAGCUCUGGUGCUCGCGGUCUGGAGGGGCGGGCCGUGUGGUGAUCUCGCCACUGAUUCGGUCCAUGCGGAAGGUCAUGUCCUCGUUGCCCUCGGUGAUGUAGUAGGACAAGAUGCUGUUGAGCCCAAUGUCAUGGUCGGUGGCUCUCACUUGCACCACAGUGGUGCCCCCACCCACGUUCUGGGAGGAGAACAGGAAAGUGGUCAUUCUGAAUUUAAGGUCUUUGGGGCAAAGUCUAGCACACAUACCUACUCCUGGUAGCACAAUGGCUUAAGCUGGACCUCUAAAAAGCCUGGUUUUGUCUACUUGGGGACAAUGAGAUGAUAACAAUGAAGAUGAUGGUGGCAAACAGUUUGUGGGCACCUACUUUGUGCUGGAUCCUGCAUUAGUUCAGUGCAUCCUCUCUACAACCCUACCAGUUAGAUGCUGGUGUUAUCCCUAUUGCAGAUGGGAAAAUUGAGGCACAGGGAAGUAAUACGUGCAAGUCCACACAUCCAGGCAUGGAAAAACCAGGAUUUGAAUUGAGGGAGUCUGGUCUGAGAGCUAGACUCUAAACCCCUAUGCCACCCUGACUUAACGAACGUCCAACCUGGCAUGAUACCCAGCAGUGCUCCUGGAGUGUCUCAAUCUUAGCACUGAAUAAUCAACACAUUGCUUUUUUUCCCAUAUAUUUUAAAUAUUGUGAAAAACGCAUACUCCCACAAAUAUAAAAUAUGUUACAUAAAUGCAUAAAGCAACCGUC